AUGCCUACCACAACAACUCCUGCCACAGCCGCACCCACAACAACUAUUUCCACUGCAGUAGAAACUUCGACCACCACAGUUCCCACAACAACCGCACCCACCACAACAUCUCUCACUACAACCGUGCCCAGCACAACAUUUCCCGCCACAGCUGCCCCUGUAACGAUUGCUCCUACUUCAACACAAUCCACCACAACAAUUCCCUCCACAACGGCGUCCAGCACAGCAGUUCCCCCUAUAGUCAAACCCGUACCAAUAAUCACUAGCACUACUGCUGCAACAAAGACCACAAAAGCAGCCAUCACGGCUCCUAUGUCCACCACAACCAGUGUCAAAACAACUUCUAAAAUCAUCGCUACGAAACCACUAAAUAUCACAACACGGCUCACAACAUCAGAAACGACAGCGGCCACGAUGACCACCACAACCACAGAAGACUAUGGUGAAGAAACUGAGGCGACAGAAAAGCCAACAAAACCAAGCAAGCAAGACAAGUUGGUUCCAAUUCUCAUUGUAUUCCGUGAAGGCGCUCUAGAAUAUUGA